GCAUUAGAGGCCCUUAUCCAAAUCCAAAUUGAAAGACCAAAAUUUUUCUUGUUGAAGUGGGGCCCUUUUAUACUCUUCUUCUGUUUCCAUGCAAACCCAAACAACCUCUCUCCCUCCCUGGCCAAACAGCAUUUCUAACAAGCAACCAUGGCCAUAUCUGCUCUGAGUGUUUCCACACCAAAAAUCUAUACCCAUCAGAGCAUUAACGCCAUAGCUGCCUCGAAAAGGCCCAAUUCAUUUUGUUCAUCCAAACCUAACGUAAAUGCCGCUACGAAGCUUUCUUGGUAUUCCAAUUUCGCGCUUGGGACGAAGAAAUGGGUUUUCGAUGUUGGAAUUGGGAUUUUAGCAGCCUCGGUUGUUGCCAUUUCACCUUUGGACGCCGAAGCCACAAGGAUUGAGUACUACGCCACUGUGGCAGAUCCUCCAUGCGACUUCAAUUUCGCUAAUUCUGGACUUGGCUACUGUGAAGUUCAACCGGGCACUGGUGUGGAAGCUCCUUAUGGGGAGCUCAUCAAUGUUCAUUACACUGCAAGAUUUGCUGAUGGAACAGUCUUUGAUAGCAGCUACAAACGUGGUAGACCUCUCACUAUGCGCAUUGGCGCUGGCAAGGUCCUUAAGGGACUGGAUCAGGGAAUCUUAGGGGGUGAGGGAGUUCCUCCUAUGUUAGUAGGAGGAAGACGAAAACUUUACAUUCCUCCAGAGUUAGCAUAUGGUCCAGAGCCUGCAGGAUGCUUUUCAGGUGACUGCAAUAUACCUGGCAAUGCUACUCUUGUCUAUGACAUUAAUUUUAUUGGUAUCUACUCGGGAAAUCGAAAGUGAGGAUGUCAAAUUUAGUUUCACAACCGGUGAAGCCAGCAGAGUACAAGUUCCUAAGGUACCCUGAAAACAAAAAAAAAUUAUAUUGUUGGACCGUGCCGAGUAUGAAACCUAGAUACCAUAGGUACCUUUUCUUUUUUGCAUAGUUAGCUUGCUUAAGCCAUCAAGUUCUGCAAUUCAUUUUUAUUGCCUUUCAUUCUUUACAUCGUGAAAAUUGUAGUACUUCCUUUCUGUAGCCCCUUAUAUGUAAAAGACUAACAUAUAUUAUACAUUUGUACAUAAUGCUCGAGGAUAUUCGAAACUUUAUCUAUAUUCUACAUGAUUUUAAGCACUCA